CUGCUGCUGCUGCCGCUGUCAAGCAUCAAGCGCGUUCCAUUUUGAUUUCCUAAAUUUUCGUAGUCAUUUGCCUGUCCUCUGCUGUGAGUUUCUUCCGCUUCACUGAUUCCUGAGUCAAGCGACAUGGACGGUGACGAGUGCGAAGCCGACGUCCCGAAGGAUGAUUUCUUGGCGCGCGAAUAUCAGGUGGAGCUCUUUGAGGGCGCCAAGGAGGCCAACACAAUUGUGUGCCUGGGCACCGGCACGGGCAAGACCUUCAUCGCCGUCAUGCUCAUCAAGGAAAUGGAAAAGGACAUCAGGGUGCCUUUCGAGGACGGCGGCAAGAGGACCUUCUUUCUAGCGCCCACAGUGCCUCUGGUGGCACAGCAGCAGAAAGCCAUCCAGGCCCACACGUCGCUGCGCGUCGGCGGCUACAUCGGUGACAUGAACGUGGACAACUGGGAUGCUGCGCGCUGGCACAAGGAGUUUGUCAACUCUCAGGUGCUGGUGAUGACCCCCGAGAUCUUCAAGAUCAUCCUGCACCACGCCUUCCUGCCUUUGUCGCGGGUGAACCUGCUCAUCCUGGACGAGUGCCACCGGGCGGUGAAGCAGCACACGUACCGGGAGAUCAUGCGGUGCAUGGACGUGGUGGAGCAGGGCCUCUGCCCGAGGGUGCUGGGCCUCACCGCCUCGGUGAUCAACAGCAAGGCCACCGAGGCCCAGGUGGAGCACAAGAUGCACGGCCUCGAGAUGGCCAUGCGCAGCCGGGUUCUCACCGUCUCCGACCAGGCCUCCAUGUCCAGGUACGGCACCAAGCCCAGGGAGGUGGUCGUGGAGUUCCACAACAGCCGCAUCCUAGUGGAGCUGCCCCUGUUCAGCCCGACCAAGAGGCUGACCACCAGCCAGGGCCAAGACUUCGAGCGCCGUGUAAAGAGCGUCCUCAACGUGACGCGCGACAUGGGCCUCUGGUGUGGCCAGCUCACCGCCCAGAUUUUCGUCGAAGAGGCCCGCAAGCUCCUGGAGAAGACGGAAGAGAGGCGCGUGGCCGAGGAGGUGUCGCAGUGCCUGGACUGGCUCCAGAAGGCGCAAUCCAGGCUGAGUAAGGGUUGCGACCCCGGCGUGAACUUCGUGGAGCACCGCCUGCUGGCCCUGGCCACGCCCAAGCUGAAGAAGCUGCUGGAGGUGCUGCGCGUGUUCCGGCCCACCGGGCCCGAGGAGGACUCGUCCCUGUGCGGCAUCGUGUUUGUCAAGGAGCGGGUGGUGGCCCGGGUGCUCUGCGCCUGGCUGGGCCGGGUGGCCGAAGAGGUGGCCCCGUACGCCUUCGUGAGGCCCCACUUCGUGGUGGGCCACGGCGGCGUGGCCGGCCAGAGCACCAAGGAAAGCGGCAUGUCCUUCAAGCAGCAGUGCAAGGUCCUGGAGCAGUUUCGCCGGCAGGAGUGCAACCUGCUGGUGGCGACCUCUGUGGUGGAGGAGGGCAUGGACGUGCCCAAGUGCAGCCUGGUGGUGCGCUUCGACUUCCCCCCAGACUACCGCUCCUACGUGCAGUCCAAGGGCCGGGCCCGGGCCAGGCGCUCCCUCUACCUCAUGAUGGUCUCCCGAGACGACUGCCAGCUCAGCUGCUCCAACCUGCAGGCCUACCACGUCGUCGAGUCGCUCCUGAUGAACAAGUGUCGAGAGCGCAAGGCCCCCCUCGACUCCGAGGUGGUACUCAGCUUUGCGGUGGACGAGAUGUUGCCGCCCUACAUGCCGGUGAAGCGGGACGGGGCGGCCAGGAUUACCAUGACCUCUGCCAUCGGCCUGGUGAAUAGGUACUGCGUGAAGCUGCCGUCGGACAUCUUCACCCGUCUGCAGCCGGACUACACCAUCCUCCCCGUGAACAGGGAAGACAAGGAGUACUACGUCUGCACUGUCUACUUGCCCAUGACGAGUCCCCUGAAGGAGCCCAUACAGGGCCAGCCCAUGGAGACCAAGAGGUACGCCAAGAUGGCCGCUGCUCUCGAGACCUGCAAGAGGCUGCACCAGAUGGGUGAACUGGACGACAACCUGCUCCCCGUGAAGCGCACCCUGGCCCUCUUGGAAGAGCCGGAGGAGGAGGCAGAGCAGCCGGGGGUCCCCAAGCCUGGCACCAAGAAGAGGAGGAGGGUGUACCCCAAGAGGGUGUGCCGCCUGUUCCGGGAGGCGCCGCUGGCGGGGCCCGGCACAUUCCGACUGCACGUGCUGACGACCCGGCUGGAGCGGCUGGCCUCCGAUCUGCAAAACUGGCGCAAGGAGCGCCUGGUCGACCCCGAGGACAGCCCCCUUUGGUUUGGGAUGCUGCUGCGGGAGGACAUGCCCCUGAUCCCAUCUUUCCCGAUCUUCACGCGCUCCGGGGAAGAGCUGGUGACCGUCUCGCGCGCCGGCUCGGUGCACCUCACUAAGGAGCAGUGCGAGAGGCUGCAGCACUUCCACCGCUUCGUCUGCGACGAGGUGAUGCGGGUGCGCGAGCGUCCCCUGCUCGCCUUCGACCCCGGCUCCGCCCCCAACUGCGUCACCCUGGCACCUGUGAUGCAAGGCGACGGAACUGCCGCUAUAGACUGGCCCCUCGUCAACGCCGUGUUGAGCCACAAGAAGCCGGCGGCAGGCGAGCGGUUCCAGUUCCAGAGGCACUCUUACGAAGACGCCGUGGUGGUCCCGCAGUACCACCCCCUCAACUACCGGCACAAAACUUACUACGUCAAGAGGGUGCGCGACGACCUCAGCCCCGAAAGCUCCUGGACCACGGGCACCGCCUCCUUCGCCGAGUACCUCUCGGGCGUCCACGACCUCCGGGUGACGGACCGCUCGCAGCCACUCCUCGAGGUUGCCUUCACGGAAGUGCGCCUCAGCUUCCUCACCCCGCGCUUUCGUAACCGCCACGGCGACGCGUUUGCCAAGAAGACGACGGCGGACCGCGUGGAGCUCCGCGUGGCCGAGUUCUGCGACGUGCACCCGAUCCCGGCAAGCGUGUGGCGCAAGGCGGUCUGCCUCCCCAGCAUCCUCUACCGGAUCAAUCAGCUGCUCCUGGCGGAGGAGAUCCGGUGCACCGUUGCCGCGGAGACAGGCGUCGGGCUGCGGACCGUCGAAGCCGACUGGCCGGCGCUGGACUUCCAGAGCGCGUCGUUCGAGAGAGCCUCUGCGGGUGCAAAGGGGGAGAUCGAGUUCGGGACGCUGCUUCGCGGACACGGCGACGCGGAAGAGAUUCGGAUGCCGCGGAUCUCCGGGUCGUUCGAACUUCAGCCGGAGCUGGAGGGGAACCCGGGUCCGAGCCCUGGGCGUCUGCUCGAGGCGUUGACGUCUGCAAAGGCCGCGGACGGAUUUGACCUGGAGCGCCUGGAAGUGCUGGGAGACUCGUUUCUCAAGUUUGCGGUCACCAUCGACCUGUACUGCGGGGAGACGGCGGCGCAAGAAGGGCUGCUGACGCAGGCGCGGUCACGGAUCAUCAGUAACAGGAACCUGCACAGGCUCGGAUGCGCGAUCGGGGUCGCGGAGGCGGCGGCAUCCGAGAUGUUUGAGCCGCAGCGGAACUGGCUGCCGCCGGGUUAUCGCGUUCCGGAAGGGUGCGAGGACAAGAUGCUGGACGUAGACUUUGCCUUCUGGGCCUCGCAGAAGAGUCCCAAGUGGUUCGACACCGUGACGGCGGAGGAGUUGACUUCUGCUUAUGAGGCGUACAAGGCGGAGUGUUUGCGGCCGGACUACGUGGCACCCAAGCGCGACAGCUCGUGCGCCGUGCCCGUGUGCACCUCCGCUCAGGUGCCGGAUAAGAGUGUGGCCGACUCGGUGGAGGCUCUCAUCGGAGCCUACCUCCUGGUGUGCGGACCCGUCGGAGCCCUCAAGGUGAUGAAGUGGAUGGGCGUCCGGCUGACGCAAUGCGACCUGGAGGGCGGGGCAGAGGGCAGCGGCGUGCGUGGCUUCUGGGGCUUCCCCCCGCCCCAAACGGCGCUGCUGCGCCACGUCCCGCACCCGGAGGAGGACCUGGCGGCGCUGAUGGAGCUCAUGGCGGACACGGUCGCGGACGUCGAGAGGGCUCUCGGCUACACCUUUGUUGACCGGUCCUUCCUGCUGCAGGCGGUCACGCAUGCCUCCUACUACAAAAACAGGCUGACGGACUGCUACCAGCGCCUGGAGUUCCUGGGCGACGCUGUGAUCGACUACCUGGUGACACGCUACCUGUACGAGCUGCCCCGCAAGUUUAACCCGGGCCAGCUGACGGACCUGCGCUCGUCGCUGGUCAACAACACCUUCUUCGCCUCGCUGGUGGUGAAGUACAAGCUCCACGGCUGCUUCAAGCACUGCAACCCAAGCCUGUUCAGCGCCAUUGGCCGCUUCGUCAACUAUCAGGCCCAAGCGCGCGAGGAGGAGCGCGAGGAGGGCGGGCUGCCGGACGAGGACCGGGAGGAACGUCAGGAGUUCCCGGACCUCAACGCGCCUCUGGACGGGGCGGAAGACGACACUUACUGGAAGGUGCUGGAGCGUCACUACUGCCACGAAGAGGAGUGUCAGGAGCCCGAGGAGGUGGAGGUGCCCAAGGCGCUGGGGGACCUCUUUGAGAGCCUGAUGGGUGCCGUGUUCCUCGACUGCGGCAUGUCCCUGGACUGCGUGUGGCGCAUCAUCUACCGCAUGUUCGGCCAGGAGAUCGAGUCCUUCAGCCAGAACGUGCCCGUGCCCCCCGUCAAGGAGCUCACCGAGCGCUUCCGGGACGCAAGGUUUGGUCCGGCGGAGCUCCUGGGCAACAACAAGGUGAAGGUGCAGCUCACGGUGACGGGAAAGACGUUUUCGUGCGUCGCCAAGAACAAGAAGCUAGCCAAGAUGGCGCUAGCCAAGAAGUGCCUGCGGAUGGUCAAGCAGUGCGGAUCCUGAGCCUCCCGCUGCCUCCCGCUCCGGCCUACCGCGGGGUGCCUCGGGAUCUAAGAAACCCAUUGUUGUGGAUAUAACGACGUGUUACAGCCUGCCUCUGCAGUAUUGCGUGGCAGCAGUGCCUCUUUGCCGAUUAUUUUGGGACAGAUUUGUUAAAAGUCAUACUUCUAUUUGUUCAAAAUAAAUUAAUUUCUAUAUUUUUAAUACACAUAGCUUACUAAAUGUGAGCUUGGCUACCUUAAUUUGUUUUAGAGCUUUAAGCUUGGUGUCUUUUUUAUCUUCACUUCAAGAAGGCUGCAUUGCAUAGUAUUAACAAGUGCCUAGUCUAAACCGGUGACUCUCUGAAGCUUCAAUAUGAUAGCGGAAUUAUUAUUGUAGCGGAGCUUCAAAGUGUGAGCGGCUUAGGACAAGCGUAUACCGUAAGAUACCGAGAAGGCAUCCAGAUUGCAGUAACUGCGCACCCACUAGUACUAAUGAAACGUUUGAAAAAUAAGUACAGUGGACUCUCAUUAAUUCAAACUCUCUUAAUUCAAACUUGCAGAUAAUUCAAACUAAUGUGCAGGUCCCAUCCUAUGUGUCUCUUUGGAAGGAAACUCCUGAGGAUUCAAACUUUGCUCUAUUCAAACAAAUUUUCGGCCUCCCUCGAGUUUGAAUUAACGAGAUUCGACUGUAGGACAUAUCGAGCAGCCACCUCGUCCGCCGACCACUUCUCCAAGCACACCGGUGCAAAGUGGUGAAGCCCACCCCAUCGUGUGCUCCUUUUGGAUUUUUGCACUCCUGCAUAGAAAGCACCUAUCCCUCAGUUUGUCCGCGUGCAUGAUCAAGAAGAUAAGCUUCUCCGUUCAUCUAGAAAAUUUGCGCAGAUUCUUACCCCGAGCGUUAACGAUAACGAGGCCAGAAUGACCUUGCCUAGUCAGUGUCGCCCUAGCUCUUUCCCAAACAUUCUAGAUCGAAUAUUUGAGAUGACGAGCACACUAGAUAAAGGACAGAGCGCCAUAUUGCCGACUCAUUCCCUGAUUCUCUCUCGCGAUAACCAGCUGUUACGCUGACUGCUGCCGCCACCGUCGUCGUCGCACUCGCUGCAUGUUCUUUUUCAUUUCUGGCACAAGUUCGCCUAUUGAUUCUUUUGUUCAUUCCAUUUCAUCCUGCAUCGUUGUCUGUCAUUCGUGACAAUAUUAUCUCCAAAUUUUUGAUUGGUGCUUGCUCUGUAUUUUACGGCAGUAUAGUUUGUGUGCGAUUCAUUGUCGCUUCUGAAUUUGCCAGUUCUGCACUCUUGUGGCAGAGUAAAUAUGCUUUGGUUAGUGGAAGAAUGCAUUGUAAACUUGCCUUCCUGCUGGCAUUGUAUGAACGAAAGUGUGGUGGGAUGAAUGGGCUGCCAAAGAUUGGCUGCAGAAAGUGGAGGAUUAGCGGCACAUGGUACUUUACUGCCAACGAUCGUUCAUCUUGUGUCCAAUGUUUACCCGACAGGAGAAGCCCCUCCAUUUAUUUUGUGUUUGCGAUUCCAGGGAGAACCGUGAAUGCCAGAGAAGACGAGUUGAAACAAGCUCUGUAAAUUUUUCAAGUUUCCCAUAAAUAGAACAUGUUUUUUUCGAAUAAGUGUUACUGCAUUUGUUCGUUUUUCACUUCAGCGGGGAGCUUCCCCACUCUGUCUGUGAUAAAAUGUAAGUUUUCUAGAGCCACAAUAUUAAAUUUUUCAAAGUAUGUUUUCUUUGUCAA